AAGUUUUGCAUUGUCAAUUCCCAAAUUGAUCCUAUCCAAAUUCAACAAGACUACCUUAAACCACAAUGCUUUCUGCACCGAGAGCACCAGCACCGGCGGUGGCGGUGGCGGCGCCCGCACGUUUCAAAUUCCAAAACGUAUGCGGGAAUCCUGUUAAUCUUCUUCUGCUGCACAGAAAUGUUGGUAGUAGUUGCAAAAGGGUGGUGGUUUCAACUAAAGCUGCUUACAGUCGUAUGCCAAUGGACACACCAGGGGCUUACCAGCUCAUAGAUAAAGAGAGUGGAGAUAAAUUCAUAGUAUGGGGAGGUACAGAAGAUGACGACUCUUCUAUCCCUUCCAAGGAAGUUCUCUCUUGGAAACCUCUAGCUUCUACUUCUCCUGACAACAACCACCCUCCUCCAACUCAGAGUAGCAGUAAUGAAGCUUCGACUAGGGGAUUGACAGGGAAUUUCGGCAGACUGAAAUUUCGAAGAAUGAGAGAUCUAGUAAGAAAAAGCUACACAAAAAACAAAGAACGCGAUGUUAUUGAUCACGACAAACACAAUAUUACAGAUGCCUCUUCCCGAUCAUCAUGCAGUUCAUAUAAUGAACCUGAUCAGUUAAAAGAGCAACAAACGCUUAGUCUUCCUAGAGGUCGUGCCAAAAUUCAGCAGCUAGAAGACAGAAAGAAUUUCCAAAAAUUAAUCAGAGUGGAAGAUGAAGAUAGAGAUAUAGCUAUCGAAAAUGUUAGCAAACAUUUCGAAGGCUAUAGCAGUGAUUAUCAUGCAGAAUCUGCAAGAGUAGUUCAUCCUGGAUCAAAAGCUUCGGCUUCUCCCUUACGUGGAUGGGGUGGGGGAUCAAUUGAUUACAGACUUAAGAGGGAAGAAAUUUUAAGAGAACGGCGAAACUUGGAUGAUGAAAAUAAUUUCUUUAGUAGAAAAUCCUUUCAAGAGUUGGGAUGCAGUGACUAUAUGAUAGAAUCCUUAAGGAAUCAGCACUUUGUGCGCCCUUCACAUAUUCAGGCUAUGACAUUUGGACCCAUCAUUGCUGGAAAGAGCUGCAUAAUAUCUGAUCAAAGUGGAUCUGGAAAGACUUUGGCAUAUCUACUACCACUUAUUCAACGUCUUAGGCAAGAAGAACUUGAAGGACUUAGCAAACCAUCAUCUCAAAGUCCUCGGGUUGUAGUACUGGCACCAACAGCUGAAUUGGCUUCUCAGGUCUUAAGUACCUGCCGCUCAUUUUCGAAAUCUGGUGUUCCUUUCCAUUCUAUGGUUGUUACUGGUGGUUUUCGCCAGAGAACUCAAUUGGAGAACCUAAGACAGGAGUUAGACAUUCUUAUAGCAACUCCUGGUCGGUUUAUGUUUCUUAUCAAAGAGGGCUACUUGCAGUUAACUAAUCUCAAGUGUGCUGUGCUGGAUGAGGUUGACAUCCUUUUUAGUGAUGAGGAUUUUGAGACUGCGUUUCAAUGUUUGAUUAACUCUUCACCAAUCACCACACAAUAUCUAUUUGUGACUGCAACUUUGCCCAUGGACAUAUACAACAAGCUGGUAGAAAGUUUUCCUGAUUGUGAACUAGUAAGUGGUCCUGGUAUGCACCGUACAAGCCCCGGCUUGGAAGAG